AUAAAAAUCUAAAAUGGGAAUAGCCGUGUCGGCGGAUAAAUCCGAGCCAGCUAAUGUCUCUCCUCCAUUGACUCUUCGAAGUCCCCGACAGUCUACAGUGGACUGCUGCAAUUUUCUACUAUAGCUGAUUACUCUCUCUCUGUCUCUGGCAUUGUAUUUGUGGGACGUGCUGAACCAGUGAGCCUUUUCCAGCACUUGGGGGGUCUUAUUAGAGUGAGAGAAAGCUCCAACUUCAUAAGCUGGAAGCACCCACAUGAAAUAAUCCUCACCUUGUGACUUGUACCCACUGAAGAGUGCUUUCUCUUUUUCCAGCUAAAUAGGUUUCAGGGAAUUGUCUCAAUCUUAUCAUGGGGUCCAAGCAUAACUCACCAGGCAACAGAAAACGCCCAUUGUCUAUAUUUGUUAUUAUUGGUCUCUGCUGUUUCUUUUACCUUUUGGGAGCAUGGCAGAAGAGUGGCUUUGGAAAAGGUGACAGUGUAGCUUUGGAAUUGACCAAGCAGACAGAUUGCAACAUCUUUACGAAUUUAAAUUUUGAGGCUCAUCACAAUGUUGUUGAAAUUAUUCAACCUUCUGCACCUAAAGCAACAGUGUUCAAGCCAUGUGAUCUUCAAUACAGAGAUUAUACUCCUUGCCAAGAGCAAGACCGAGCAAUGAAAUUCCCAAGGGAAAACAUGAUAUAUAGGGAAAGACAUUGCCCUCCAGAAGAGGAAAAAUUGCGCUGUCUUAUUCCAGCACCCAAAGGAUAUCUGACUCCAUUCCCCUGGCCUAAGGGUCGUGACUAUGUCCACUAUGCUAAUGUUCCUUAUAAAAGCCUGACCGUUGAGAAGGCCGUCCAGAACUGGGUGCAAUUUCAGGGAGAUGUGUUCAAAUUUCCAGGUGGAGGAACGAUGUUCCCUCAAGGCGCGGAUGCGUAUAUUGAUGAACUUGCAUCAGUUAUUCCAAUUGCAGAUGGCUCUGUCAGAACAGCACUGGAUACUGGUUGUGGAGUUGCAAGCUGGGGUGCAUACUUGAUGAAAAGAAAUGUUUUGGCUAUGUCCUUUGCACCAAGGGACAAUCAUGAGGCACAAGUACAGUUUGCAUUGGAGCGAGGUGUACCUGCUAUUAUAGGUGUUCUUGGAUCAAUACGUCUUCCAUACCCAUCGAGAGCCUUUGAUAUGGCUCAGUGCUCUCGAUGUUUGAUACCAUGGACUUCAAAUGAUGGCAUGUACCUAAUGGAAGUUGAUCGAGUCCUCAGACCUGGUGGAUACUGGGUCCUAUCUGGCCCUCCUAUCAAUUGGAAGACCUACUAUAAAACGUGGAAGAGAUCGAAGGAGGAUGUCAAGGCUGAGCAAAGAAAGAUCGAAGAGCUGGCUGAACUUCUUUGCUGGGAGAAGAAGUAUGAGAAGGGAGAUAUUGCUAUCUGGAGAAAAAAGGUAAAUGCCAAAUCCUGCCGAAGAAAGUCAGCAAAUAUAUGUGAGUCGAAGGAUGCUGAUAAUGUCUGGUACAAGAAAAUGGACACAUGUAUUACUCCUUUCCCUGAGGUAACUAGUAAGGAUGAGGUAGCAGGAGGAGAGUUGAAGAAGUUUCCAGCUAGGCUUUUUGCAGUCCCUCCCCGAAUAGCUAAGGGGUCCAUUCAGGGGGUUACAGCUGAAUCUUACCAAGAAGACAUUAAGCUUUGGAAAAAACGUUUAAAUGUCUAUAAAAGGAUAAAUAGAUUGAUUGGCACUACAAGAUAUCGGAAUGUGAUGGACAUGAAUGCAGGACUUGGAGGAUUUGCAGCAGCACUAGAGUCACCAAAAUCUUGGGUAAUCAAUGUCGUGCCCACGAUUGCUAAGAACACUUUAGGUGUCAUUUACGAGAGAGGUUUAAUUGGCAUUUAUCAUGACUGGUGUGAAGGCUUCUCUACUUACCCAAGGACAUACGAUCUUAUUCAUGCUAGUGGUGUAUUCAGCUUGUACCAGAACACGUGCCGACUGGAAGACAUCCUUCUGGAGAUGGAUCGUAUCCUGCGGCCCGAAGGGGCUGUCAUCUUGAGGGAUGAAGUUGAUGUUAUGAACAAGGUUAAGAAAAUUGCUGGAGGCAUGAGAUGGGAUGUCAAAUUGAUGGAUCACGAGGACGGUCCUCUUGUGCCUGAGAAGAUAUUGGUUGCUGUCAAAAGGUAUUGGGUUGGCAGCAGUGAAAACAGCACAUCCAGUGAUGAAUAAAACAGGUCAGUGUCUGGUGGUGAAUAGAAGCAAUGCUCUAGCACCAAAUGAUGAUUAAGUUGCUCUGGAGUGGAGGAACUCAAAGAGUUCUGAACUUCUGAUACUCACAGAUGGCAUGUAUUGUGUCAUUGAUGAUAUAGGAGCUGUAUGAUGCUCAUCUCAGCUUUUAUUCUUGUAUUGAUUUUGGAGGGGGAAGUUAGAAAAGGGUGCCCAAAUAAUUGUUUCAAGAAUACUUAACAGUGAUAAAUGUUAAGCAUGACAUUGAUACAUUAUCAUAAUGAUAUUUUUCUUUUCAA